UCAGCAUCCUCACUUGAAGAUGCAUCAGAUGAUUCUGAGAGGCAGGUCUCCCCCAAAAAUCCACCACGUAGAUUCUUUCCUUUAGAAUCUGAAAGCCUCUUUCUUUUCAGGCUUGAUGACUCUUUCGAUGUAUUUGUUACGCCUCUUUUCUGGGUUUUUCCUUUUGCCUUAUCAAGUAUCUCAAAUUCUUUCUCCAUAGCAACAGAAACUGCUUCUAUUUCACUGGCUGCUGCUUCUCUCUCUUUCCUGAGCAUACAUGUCACAGCUCUGUUUAGUCUCUGGCUCAUAAUAGGCUAAGCAUCUUCUUUCUCCUGUUGUGCUAGUCUAAAGAAGGAGUCAAUUCAGAGCUCUGUCUGCUGGGCAUUGAGUUGCUUUAAUACAGGAAACAGAGAUUCAUCUGUCUUCGUUCUGUUCCAGCAGAAAUACCGCUGACAAAAUUCCCUAAUUUUGUAGAGAUCAGGUUUCCCCCACAGAAAUGAUCCCCGCGAGUCAUCCACCACAGGUUUGAGGUAGGCCUCGGCAAUAGCUGGAUUAGGAAAGCCAGCGGUGAGUUGCAAUGUCAGUAAUUUUUUUUUUUUUUUUUUCACUUUGGUGUCAUGAGGAUUUGGCCUUAUCUUUGGAUUGUUUUGAGCUUCAUGCCACCAUUCCGAGAAUUUUAGGAGAGGUUCCGGGCCAUGCCCGGGAAAUUCACUGAGAAUUUCCAUGGCGGUUACACAACCCACAGUUGGUAUUCCUUCAGUAUAAUCACUUCCAAUCAAAUAGGCCAAAUUUAUUAACUCAUUCCGGUCCAAUCCUAAUUGAUUGUGAAAGUCCACAUAUUGGUGAUAUUCUACAAACUUGUUUUUAUUAAAAAAGUUUUUAAAGACAUGCCGUGCUCCAAACAGCCAGAUAUCACUGUCAUCAGUGAUGGUUCCAGAAGUCUGAUCAGUCAGGUCCAGGAUGGCACACUGUGCCUCUGCUUUCAUAGGAGCCUGGAUGUAGGGAAUGCCGAACAGGCGCAGGAGUUUCCGGCUUUCCGGGAACAUCUGUCCGGUGACAGUAGCAGCGAUCCGUUCUUGCUGCUGUUUUAGAGCUUUCAGUGAAUUCAGUUGUUCUAAGAGGUUGCUCUCCAGAGUUUCCAGCUCCUCCAAAUCGAUAUCUUGCCAUUCAUGGAGUGACUUUUCUGCAUCUUUCUCAGCUUCCUGUGGCUCACCAUCCUCAUCCUCCCUCUCAGAGUCGUCCUUCGGGAGGCUCUCAGACUCAGCAGGGGCCUCUUCCUCCCUAGUUCGUAUCAGUUCCUCUUCUGUGUGCGGGCGAGGCUGGGGCGCGAGGACCUAGCGGGGCGGCGGGUUCGCAAGCCGGGGGGAAGGGCUGGCGCGGCGGCGGCGGAGGCGGGGGCCGGUACUGGACCCGGCGGGAUGAGCGAGGUGGAGGCGGCAGCGGUGGUGACAGCGGCCCCCGCUGCGACGGUGCCCGCGACGGCGGCAGGGGUGGUAGCGGUGGUGGUACCGGUACUCGCGGGGGAGCCGCAGAAAGCAAGCGGCGGCGGCGGCGGGGGCGGAGCCGCCUCGGGCCCCGCUGCUGGGACCCCCUCGGCGCCGAGUCCCCGCACCCCUGGCAACCCGGGGACCGCGGCCUCGGGAACCCCCACGCCCCCGGCACGGAAUCAGGCGGACAAGCCGGUGCUGGCAAUCCGAGUCCUGGGCACUGUCAAAUGGUUCAACGUCCGGAAUGGUUACGGAUUCAUCAGCAGGAAUGACACCAAGGAAGACGUCUUUGUUCACCAGACAGCUAUUAAAAGAAACAACCCCAGGAAGUUUCUGCGCAGCGUUGGAGAUGGGGAGACUGUGGAAUUUGAUGUCGUGGGAGGAGAGAAGGGUCCAGAAGCCGCGAAUGUAACUGGGCCUGGGGGGGUGCCCGUGAAGGGCAGCUGUUAUGCCCCCAACCGACGUAGGUUCCGCCGAUUCAUCCCUCGGCCGCGCCCAGCUGCCCCACCACCCAUGGUUGCAGAGGUUCCCUCGGCGGGGACAGAACCUGGCAGCGAAGGGGAACGGGCUGAGGACUCUGGGCAGCGGCCCAGACGACGGCGCCCACCACCCUUCUUCUACCGAAGGCGGUUCGUGAGAGGCCCUCGGCCCCUCAACCAGCAGCAGCCUAUAGAGGGCACUGAUGAGAGAGAACCCAAAGAGACAGCCCCACUGGAGGGGCACCAACACCAGGGAGAUGAGCCUGUCCCCCCGCCCCGGUUCCGGCCCAGGUACCGAAGGCCUUUCCGCCCCAGGCCACCCCAGCAGCCCACCACGGAAGGUGGGGAUGGUGAGACCAAGCCCAGUCAAGGUUCCGCGGAUGGUUCCCGACCUGAGUCUCAGCGCCCGCGAAACCGCCCGUUUUUCCAGUGGAGGCGGCAGCAGCCUCCUGGCCCCCGGCAGCCCGCAGCCCCUGAGACCUCAGGCUCUAUCAAUAGUGGGGACCUCACCUCUACCAUCCUGGAGUGAUUCCAACUCAAAGGACAACCAGAGCUGCCAUCUGGUAUCUGCCAGUUUUUCCAACUGACCUGUACCCUACUCAGUACCCUGUUCCCCCCUUCCCAUGAUUCAUGGCAUCAAGAUACCAGCUUUUCACCUUUUUCUUGAGUCUCAGGAGGGUCAAAGCAACAGCCUUUUGCUUUUUUUUCCCUCUUCCCUCCCCUUAUCAAGGGUGGAAGGAAGGGAUCCAUCCUUACUGUUCAGAGAUACCAACUCCUUCCCCUAACUCGGGCUGAGAAGGAACCAGCCAGCUCUUACCUCCUCCUGCUUGUUUUGUUCCCCCCCAGUUUAUUUUUGUUUCCCCCCUGCCCCCCUACCUCUGAAGCCAUUUUAUGAUCUGUCAUAUGCCACCUGAGCCUCCAAUAAAAACAAAAACAGGC